AGUGCGCCUCGGAGACGCACACACGCAGUCUCUCUCUCUCUCUCUCUUGCACUCUCUCUAUGUCUCUCACUCUUUUAGUCACAGCAGAGGAUAGAGGGAGAGACCGACGCGCAAGAGCUCUUUUCAUCUACUAUAUUUUUCCUAUUUUGUUCCUUUCGCUCGCGUCGCCGACUUUAUUCCAGCUCUUUCUUCUCUGAGAAAUUGUUAUAUCCCAGCAUCCAGCGAAUCCGCCGUGCUCUGCGUAUAUUCUCUCUUUUUUUUGCCGUAGGAGUUCAGGUUGUCCCCCUCUUCAUCUAAAGGGUACUCAGAGGCUUUGAUCCUAGAGGACUGGGUUUGUGGGAUAUGGCCCAAUAGCAGCAGCCCGUGAUGCCGGACCAUGACAGCGACUCCCUCCUGAACAGACAGACCAAGCGAAGACGUGUGGACAUUGGUGUUAAGAGGACCGUGGGCAGCACAGCCUCCUCCACAGCAGCAGCCACAACAGCAACCACUGAUAACAUUGCCCGCGCCAAAGCAGCCAUUUUCAGUGCCAUGAACUCUCUGAGCUCCCACUCUCACCACGGAUCAGACACCGACUCCAUGGAGUGCUCUGUAGUGCAGCCACAUGGUGGGCCUGGCGUUGUAUCAGCCAGUGACAGUGAGUCCAAGUCCAAUGUACUCCGAAAGCUACUGAAGAGGGCCAACUCAUACGAGGACACCAUGAUGCCCUUCCCUGGCACCACUAUUAUCUCCCAGCUUCUUAAGAAUAACAUGGCUAAAAAUGGAGGAGGACCCGAGAGGGGAGAAAGAGGGGACAGGGGUGAUAGAGGGGAUGCCGGCUUCCCUGGAUCAGGGCUCUCCAAUGCAAGUUCAGAUGCUCCCCAGGAAGAUGCCUGCAGUAACUCCUCCCAGGACAGCACCCCUCAAGAGUGCUUGUCACCGUUUGGUCGUCCUCCUGGCCUGGCCACCUUUGACAUCGAACGUCUCAAUGAUGAACACCUGCGUGCCAAGCGAGCCCGUGUAGAGAACAUUAUACGUGGUAUGAGCCACUCACCCAGUGUGGUGGUACCUGCUGCUUCUCGCCAUGAACGUGACCAUGAGAUGGAUGGAGAAAGGGAGAUGGAACUAGACUGCCCACCCCCUCAGUCUCAGCAGCAGGCCCCCAGCAGCCCACGGGGAGGCGAGGUGUGCAGCAGUAGCAGCCGAGAGAACAAGCGUAAGCAGCGUCUGCCUCAACAGCAACAGCAGAGCUUUACCCAGCUGGUGUGCCAGAGGAAAGAACAGAAGCAGGAGGAGCGACGGCAACUGAAGCUACAGCUGGAGGACAUGCAGAAACAGUUACGCCAGCUGCAGGAAAAGUUCUUUCAGAUCUAUGACUCAACCGAUGACUCAGAACACAAUGACCUCCACAAUGAACUCCACAAUGACAUAGGAAACAUGUCUGAGGACAGCCCAACUAGGUCUGAUACCGGUGGCGAUGACCGGGGUGGAGAUGAUCUGCGCUCUGACAACGAGAUGUCUGACCUGGACCCGGGCCAUUUCCUGGACAGGGCACGGGCAUUGCUUCAGGAGCAGGCCCUACUGGCAGAUGGAGAGAAGCCAAGAAGAGAGGGGCUUGGGCGCAGCAAAGCACAGGGAGGUCCAGGCUCCUCCAUGCAUGCUGAAGGUAAACAGCUGGCUGAAACACUGAAGCAGGAACUCAAUUCAGCCAUGACCCAAGUGGUGGACACAGUGGUUAAGGUGUUUGCCAAGCCUCCACGUCCUACACCCCAGCAGGCCUUCCCCCCACUUUCCAUACCUCCUGAAAGGUUUCCCACUGUUGUCAAUGGAGACAACCCCAACUUCCACACCGCCAAUCAGAGGCUGCAGUGCUUCGGUGAUGUCAUCAUUCCCAAUCCACUAGACUCCUUUGCCAGCAUGCCCGGGAUGCCAGGUGCCACCAAUGACCAAACCGAGGCGCUGCCCUUAGUCGUGAGGAAGACACCCAGUGAGCACCACCACCAGUCCUCAGCUGUGGGUGCCCAUGGCGGGCACCACCACCCCGCCCUUCACCCCUCCUCACUCUCUGCCUCCAUGGGCUUCAGCCCACCAUCCUUUAGACACCCCUUUCCACUGCCUCUUAUGAGCUACGCUUUCCAGAGUCCCCUUGGUGGGCCCACAGGUGGCUACCCAGGAAAGGACCGUUCCUCACCAGACUCCAUGGACCUGUCCCGGGAAACCACCAGCCUGAGGACCAAGAUGGCAUCAGGUCACCACCUGGGGCACCACCAUCGCUCUUGUUCCCCUGCGCACCCUGGCAGCACAGCCGAGGGACUCUCCCUGUCCCUCAUCAAGUCUGAGUGCGGUGAUCUUCAGGACAUGGCUGACAUCUCACCCUACUCAGGCAGCAAUGUCCCUGAUCGCUUCCUGGAGGUGGCUGAGAUCACACUGAGGGAGUUCUUCAAUGCCAUCGUGGCCGGCAAAGACGUGGACCCAUCCUGGAAGAAGGCCAUCUACAAGGUCAUCUGCAAACUGGACAGCGAGGUCCCCGAGGUCUUCAAGUCCCCCAACUGUCUUCAAGAGCUUCUACACGAGUAAAUUUCUCCUCCUCUUCCUCCUCCUCCUCCUCCUCCUCAAUCGACGCUUUGCGCUUUUUUAUUUUCUCUGAUUUCAUAGAAUUUCAAAAUGAUAUUCUCUUUUGUUUGUUUUUUUCCUUUUCCCCAACUUUACUUUUGGAUUUCCUCUUUUUUAUUUUUAAAUUUUUGAAUGUAUGAAAGUUAUGAAGUAGCAUUCCCAAUCUGAAGCCUCUGUGGCAGUUCCUAAAUGACCUAGCUAUUGUGUUGUUGUUCUUAUAUGAUAAUUAUCAUGAUGGUUAUUAUUUGUUUUGUUUUUCUAUGAUUCUGAACUGAAGAGACUCUAAUCUUAUUGGGUGUUUUUUGGACCGUGUGAACCCGCAUCCGUUUGGCCUGUUUUAUGAUCAACUAACUAAGUCCUCAGUGGGUGGAUGGAGUUUCCCCUUUACACUACUAAGAACAUAGGCAGGGUUCCCUAAAGACUUUACUCAUGGCACCCAGGGGUGUCCAGAUGAACUGUCCCCAUGAAGUGCAAAGUGGGUGCCCAAUAGACUGUGCUACUGAAGAUGUCCCCAACAGGACAGUCUCUUUCACACACGCACACACACAUGCACACAAAAACAAGGCCUAGUGAGGUUAUUGACUGGACUAAGACUGGACUCGUGGUACUGGUCUGUACUACUCUGUGGGACUUGGACUGGUUUCAAAUAGCUACUGAGCUCUACCAUGUUUUGAAGUGUGUUUUCCCUGCAAGUAGGGCAUUGUGUUCAUUGGCUGUACAUUAUUAUUUUGAUUAUUAUUAUUAUUGUUGUUGUUUAUGAUUAUUAUUUGUCAUCACUGCUUGCUGAAGAUUGGCACUUCAAGAUUUGUUUGUCCCUUGAUGCCGUUGCAGAAAAAUAAAUUAUUGCUAUUAAUAUUAUUCCAAAAGAGUUUAGAAAUAUUUUACCCCCAUUUCCCAUCCUUCUCCUUACUCUUGUUUUUGUUUGUCCAUCUCUGAAGUGGACUGGUUUUGUUUGUUUGUUUUUUUUGGUGGUCGGGGUCUGGGGCAACUUUCCUGGAAAGUGUUUCGAAUUUGGGGUUUUAAUGGAGGGCCGUCAGAGUGGUCCUCUCUGUACGUCCGUAGUGACUAGCCUAUCCUGCACAGGACCAGCUGAAAAGGAGUUAGGCUGCAGAAACACAUGAAGUAAACGGCGCAGAAGUAAAGAAAUAUGCACAAAGAAAGUGUGGCCUUUUGGUGCGUGACUUGCUGUUUUUAAAACGGCUGAAUUUCCAUAGCCACUCCAGCUUUGAUAACUAAACUGCUCCCACUAAACGAGCCAUUUUGCUCAGCUAUCCAAAUAAAUCUUAUUUGUCUAAUUAUCUGUUCAGGAUUAGUGAACAUACACAGUAGUAAAUGCAUAGUUAUUUGUCUUUUUAUAGCACUGUUCACUGAAUAGCUCAUGUGUGAGAUGAAGUCAGCCUGUUUAUAUGGCAGGUUUGUAUUGUGAUUAGCCUAUACAAGGUGUAAAUUACAUUAUGAAGUUAUUUCAAUAGCAGUUGAUACUUGAAUAUAUCAGAAUACUGUGGCAAUCUAAAGUACAGUGUCGCUGAAACAUAUAGAUAAUUGAAUACAUACGAGUAGAAGCAUCACGGAGAGGAAGAUAAUUCAAGGAGGGCAAAAAGAGAGGUGAAUAUAAGCUGAAACACGGGCGUUCAUUAAUUCUGCUUCAAGUGGAACUUUCCCCCGCAAACACACACAUACAAGCAUACACACACACACACAUACUGCUCCUUCCCUCCAUGUUCACCUGCCUUUGAGUGAUCUAGCUCCUCUCUCACUGCAACAAUACAAGGUCAAAGGUGAGCACUCACCCCAGGGGUAGAUGGAGAAGCUCUCAGCACUACAAAGAGCGGGGACAAAGGCACAGAGCGAGGAGCAACACGCACCUGAAACCCUCUACUCUGUCCCUCCGUCCCAAACUGGCAGCUUUUAAGACCCAAAGUGAGAUUCUGUUGAAGCCACUGUGCCCAGUUUGUUAAGCACCAUUCCUUUCACUUUUACCUGAGAUUCUAAUCCCAGAUUUUCCAAUUGAGUUAUACGUGUAUAUCUAGUGUUUUAUCAAUUUUAUCCGCUCUCUCAGGCUUUUAACAAUUUUAAGAAGCAGUUAGUGUUAGCUGCCCUUUUGCUGAGGUAAGUUUGAAGCAAUGAGAGGACUUGAAUGCUUUCUGGAGUGCGUGCGAGCUAGCUGUUGAUCUCACCUUGGCGACAUUAGCUUAUAGUGUGUCUGUGUGUGUGUCACAAAAGAUCAAAAAGGAGCAGGUUGCUUAACCUGCUGACUUGUCUAAGCGAGACAAAGCGCCUGACAAAAGGAGGCAGAGAAAGACGGAGAGCUACUCCCUUCAUUAUGUUCCCCCCUUUUCCUCCUCCCCGAACAGUGUUCUUCUUAAGAUCCGGAGCCCUGAGAGAGCAAGUCGGACACAUUUCUCACUAAAGGAUGGGCUAGGCCCUGCAUGUCUCAAAGUCUCAAAACACCAGCCAAGGGCUCUAAAGCACCACAAACAAAAGAGAGAGCAAAGGACACUUUUAUCUGAUGCACAGAUUAUUAUCGCUCUCCACCCUCCCCUUUCCUGCAACCCCGCCCUGAAGUUAAAGAGUUCCUGCGCCUAAAAAGAUUAAUUCAGGAUAAUGAAGACUUAUGUGCAAAAAAAUGGAUUAGCAAGACCUUAAUACCGCGUUGAAAAUAUUUUUGUCAAGUUUUCCUUUUCUGGGUCGUUUGAUUUUAAGGAUAACAUUAUUGAAAUACAUAUAUAGCCUUUUUUAAGAAUUGUAAAAGAUAAAUCUAUGGGAAAAAUAUAUACAGUAGUGGAAGUUCUUUGGAAGGCACUGUUAGAAAUUGUUUCAUAAAAGAAAGCUUGAGGGUAUUUUUAGUGACGGCUUUGUUUAAAUCUGUAUCUGAAUAAGUGAGUUGUUGGUAGUUUAGGAGCAAUAGUUGUAGGUUUUUUGCAGGUUUUGUGACCACUUUUCCUUUUGGUUUCUUUACCUUUUUGUAUUGUGCUGAAUGGCUGUCUUCUUGAGAUCAGAAAAAUAAACUUGGAAUAUGUUUUCAGAGUAUGAAAUAUUGCUGUUGCUACUGUAAAUACUGUCAGGAUGAAACAAAGAAUAGCUGUACAGUUUUUCUAUUAUCACUCAGAUGCUAGAGAGGGAUGAGAGUGGUUAAAAAAAGAAGGGUGGAAACAAAAAAGAGGGAUGACCCACUCUCUCCAACUGGACUCGUAACCACUCACGGAGGAGAGGUUUUGGUUGUUUUUUUUCCCCUGCCAUGCCUUUAACGGGGGUCUGUUACCCGUCGGCAGUGCCCUUGAAGUUGCACCAGCAUCCGUUUCUUUAAUUUUUGCUGACAGAACGAUGCGUUAGGCUUGCGGUCGGGUAAUGAUGAUGUCACAGAGGGCCCCGUUGGCAGUCUGUGAACCCGGUCUCGUCCAAAAACAAGGGCAGACUGCCGCCGACGUAGCUCUAGAUUUGACCCGGGAGAGAGACAGGAAUUCAUUGUCAUCCGAAGAGUAGUGUCAUGGAGGGGGCACAUGUUGUACAGUAAUAGUUUAAAAAGAGACUGCAGACAGAAAAAAAAGUGAUUUAUACCCUUUUUUACCGGGUUCAAACAGUUGGAAAAAGUUUGGACUUUCUGUGGAAUUUUCUGUAGGCUUUGCAUUUUGUGUGUGUGUGUGUGUGUGUGUGUGUGUGUGUGUGCGUGCUUGUGCGUGUAGAUGUAUAUGAGUGUGUGUCUGUGUGAGAGAAAAGACCGAUUAUGAGAACCUGUGAACCAGUGAGUGACACAAUUCUCAACACUGUGGCCCCUCCCCCACCCCUGGGAGUACCAUCCUGACAUGUAAAUGAUUCUCAUUAAGCGUUGGCAAAGUGUGUGUGUGUGUGUGUGUGUUUGUGUGUGUGCGUGUUGCGAUAAUUUCCUCUGAUCUGUUUUCUGACCUGUUUGAAAGGGGUUUUUGUUUCAUGAUGCUUUCAGUAGUAAUUCUUUUUUUAUUAUUAUUACAUUGCUUCUCUUUUUUUGUAAAUAUCAAUGAUGUGGACUUACAGUGAUAAAAACUGCCUUUGUGUAACUUAGCAAUAUGUUAUGUAAAUAGUGUUUUGUUGAUGCUUUUUGUAUGACAUUAUUAUUCGAUUCUAGUGCAGUAAUUCCAACUGGAACAGCCAUGUUUCAAAUACAGUCUGAACAGUUACACACAGGUUGUAAAAUAAAACUCGUGACAUGGCUGCUUUUUUUCUGUUAUUGGUGUCUAUUUGUCUUGCCGAUUUUGUGUAAUUUAUUGGUUUAAUUUAUCCUAAUUUAUUUGAUGUUAUUUUCUUUUGUUUUUCAAACAGGGAAGGCUGUACUGCAUUUCAUUGAGUAGAACCCACUUAAAAGAUUUUAAUCCUUAUCUACUGAAAAUUUUAAAAAAUUAGUAUGCUAGAGUACUUGUUCAAUUGAGAAAAAUGAUAAACUGGAGAUCUUGGCAGCUAAAUGGAACUGGACAGUUAAAAAAAAAAAGGUUGAUAUGUUUUGUUCCAGGACAGGGCCGAGGGUGGGCCAGAAAGCUGAAACUAGUUUGAAGCAGUUUUGUAUUUUCUCUUGAGAUUUUUCCCCUGUAUUGCUUUGGCCCAGCCCAAAAACAACCAGUAGUCAAAUUGCCUUUCGUGCCUUCACCCUCUAUGAACUGAAUGUAUGUGCAGUAUAUAUGCAAGCUUGUGCAAAAUGAAUAAAAAAUUGAAAUAAAAAUG